AUGGAAAUAGUCUGGAUUGCGCUGAUUAUUAGUUGUGUCUCUCUCGGAGUGUCGGUGGCAAGGCUGCUCCCUGUCAAGGAAUGGCUGCACUACUGGUUUCUCCGACUGUGGCCGCCGUCGGACCAGAAUGAUGUGCGCCGUCCAGCCGAUCUCGAGUCAGGUGGUGCGGGCAGAACAGACGCUUCUGGAGGGAGCGAUCUUCCCGCACCGGACCCCUCAGACCAGCGGGAUACGCAGCUCCAGGCUCCACCGGGCCUUGUCGGGAGAGACGAAACUCCCGAUCCUUGGGCACCAUCUAACUCAGAUGGUGGCAGGGCUGAUCGGCGCGCGUCGGAGGGGUCACUGGCGAGGACAGAUUAG